AUGUCCUCGUCAAACAAGGGCCCAGUUAUCAUCAUCACCGGCACACCCGGAACUGGCAAAACCACCCAUGCAGAGCUUCUAGCCCAAGAAUCCCCUGUGCCGCUAAAGCAUAUCAAUGUCGGAGAGAUGGUCAAGGAGAAGAAUUUCUACGAGGCGUUUGAUGAGGAAUGGCAGAGCUACACCGUAGACGAGGACAAGCUGCUGGAUGAGCUCGAGCCGCUUGCCUCAGCAGGGGGCAUCAUCCUCGACUGGCACACGUGCGAGAUCUUCCCCGAGCGCUGGGCGGAUCUUGUCGUCGUCUUGCGAUGCGACCAUACCAAGCUAUGGGAUCGCUUAGAAAAGAGGAAUUAUCCCUUGAAGAAGAUCCAGGAGAACAACGAAGCCGAGAUCAUGGAGGUCGUCCUAGAUGAGGCUCGGUCAUCAUACCCGCAGGAGAUCGUUGUCGAGCUCCAAAGCGAACGAACCGAGGAUCUCGAGUCCAACAUCCAACGUAUUAUGCAAUGGAUAGAGGCAUGGAAGGAAGAUAGGGAUUUGGCAUAG